AUGGUCCGCUCAAUGCUCGUCGCGGCCCUGGCCGCCACCACCGCCACCGCCCUCUCGAUCGGGCGUAGGGAGGCUAGCGGCGAGGAGCUGUUCACCAUCGAGCUGGAGCCGGGCGUGGUCCAGGUCGUGACCGAGGAGCAGAAGUGGGCCCUGAAGAACGAGGGCAAGACCUUCAUCGACAUCACGAACCACCCGAACCUGGCCUCCUCGGCGUCUGCGAAGGGCUUCUCCAAGGCCGCUGCUGCCGUCGCGUACCCGGCGGUGCUGGUCCAGCAAGACACGGUCAACGGCCUCAUCAGCCUACUCGACCGGUCCUUCCUCGAGGACAAGCUGAAGACCUUCUCCGACUUCUACAACCGCUACUACCGCUCCACCUACGGCAAGGAGUCGUCCGACUGGCUUCUCGGCCAGGUCCAGGCCGUCGUCGACGCGAGCGGCGUUCCCGGCAUCACCGUCCGCGCCGUCACCCACUCCUGGAUCCAGAACAGCAUCAUCGCCACCAUCCCCGGCAAGUCCACGGACAAGGUCGUCGUCGGCGCCCACCUUGACUCGGUCAACGGCCGCAACAGGGCCGGGCGGUCACCCGGCGCUGACGACGACGGCUCCGGCUCGAUCACGAUCCUAGAGGCGCUCCGCGUGCUCCUGACGGACCCGACCAUCGCGGCGGGCGAGGCCGUCAACACGCUCGAGUUCCAGUGGUACGCGGGCGAGGAGGCCGGGCUGCUCGGCAGUGCCGACAUCUUCGACGCGUACGCCUCCUCCGGCACCGUCGUCAAGGCCAUGCUCCAGCAGGACAUGACCGGCUACGCGAACGGCCCCCUGGGCGUGAUCAACGACUACGUCGACUCGGACCUCACGGCAUUCGUCCGGGAGGUCAUCAACACCUACACGACGGUCGGCUACGUCGACACGCAGUGCGGCUACGGCUGCUCGGACCACGCGUCGGCGUCGGCCGCGGGCUACCCGUCCUCCUUCGUCAUCGAGGCCUCCAUGGACCGCAUCAGCCCCUACAUCCACACCGACGGCGACACCAUCGACACCAUCAGCUUCGACCACGUCCUCGAGCACGCCCGCCUUGUGCUCGGCUACGCCUACGAGCUCGCCCUCGCCGACCUGUGA